AUAUUUAAAUCUUAAUCUACAGUGACAGCAAGAUGUGUGCAGGCAUAAGCAGAACAGGACGCAGAGCAAGGGUUAAUACAAAAGAAGAGACGAGAACAUGCUCUAGAACCUGUUCUAGAUAGAACGUUCAGCAUUAGAAGCUUCCGUGGUAGGUCACAUGACUGCGCACAUAUAACCGCUCAUUCACAACAUUCAUCAAGGAUUAACAGCUCACGUUUCACUGGGUCGGGGCUUAUAAUGGCCAGGUACAGAAUAUGAACAAACACAGCCAGAAGCUGUUUUUCACAGUCACAUGAAGUUGGUUAACACAUCAUUGCAGUGACAACAGUACUAUUUAUAGUUCAGUGGGAAAUAUUGACACCCCCUGAGGAAGCUCUUGUGGUGAAACAGCGUUGUGGGUCAGAUACUACUUGUGUUACGCAGCAAUCAACAUUGAUCACGACGAUGUCCGGUAUUAGCCACGUUUCCUGGUUGCUGAUGGCAACCGGGACCCACCAGGUAUGACGUAUGCUCCUUGCAGCACCUCCACAAGGAGACGCAUCUGACCCCUGACCGUCUUCAUAUCACCAAGAGACCGUGGAUACAAGCUGCGUUUCACUCAACCUACUUGAAUAUUUCUAGAGGUUCACAUGAUAUCACAUGACAUGACUCAUUGCAUGUGAUGACAUCCGCCACCCACCGCCUUUUUAAGACGCCGCGGCGAUAGCACGUUGCACUCCGGCUUGAAGAAGCGCAAGACCCCUAGAAACACCUUGUCCCGGUGUGCCCCCGCCUCUGCUGCCGUAUGCCUACACGCACCUGAAUAAAGCAUUGUGGAUGCCCCUGAGAGCCCUUCUUCAGGAAGAAGCCCGGUAUGUUUCUAGCCCCUUAGCAAUGCUAACUGCUGCCUGCAACAAGUUUGGAGGGUCAAGCCCUAUUAGGGAUCCUACACCAUCUUCAAAAGGUGCAGGAAAGAAGUCCUACAGUCCAAGUAAUGACUUUAGUGCCACAAAACUGAUGGGAGAUGGAUAUUCUUCUACGUAUUUGGGAGGAAGUAAUCUAAUGACACCAUGUGGGACACCUCCUGCUCCUUCAAGUUAUGCAAGUGAUUAUGGAUCCUUUUCACAUUCUUUUUCCACUUCCUCAGGAUGUCAAGAACCGAAAAGUCUAUCAACAGCAGAUUGUGUUCCAGGGGUGUACACAUCUCUAGAUGUAGGACAUCCAUAUAGUUCUUGGUAUAAAACUGGAAUUCAUCACCCAACAAUCUCUGGCUCACCACCAGGCACAGGAGGAUCAUGGUGGGAUAUGCAUCCAAAUAGUAAUUGGCUGGGCAACCAAUCACAAACAGAAGGGCUGACUGCAUCCAUGCAAUCUGUGACAAGUCCCACCGGCAUGAGCAACCAGUAUAGCUCUGAAUAUACCACUCUGACACCUGCAUCCUAUUCUCCUGUGGGAUUUCCAUCUAUAUCCCCUUCAUCAAGUCCUUCACCAUCUGCUCACCUACUCUCAUCAUCUCAACACUCCUUGGGUCCUGACAUGUAUAAGCCAAAACUUCUGACAUCUAACCCCUUGCUUGAGGCACCAGGGCCAUUAAAGCCCCAAAGAACAUCAUCCUAUGGGAAUACUGGACGUCCAUCUUGUGACUGUCCAAACUGCCAGGAACUUGAAAGGUUAGGAGCUUCUGCAGCAAGUCUGAAGAGAAAGCCCAUGCAUAGCUGCCAUAUUCCAGGCUGUGGUAAAGUGUAUGGUAAAGCAUCACAUCUAAAGGCUCACCUUCGAUGGCACACAGGAGAAAGGCCAUUUGUCUGCAACUGGCUGUUCUGUGGUAAAAGAUUUACACGAAGUGAUGAGCUUGAGCGCCAUGUACGCACCCACACACGUGAGAAGAAAUUCACAUGCCCUCUCUGUGCUAAAAGAUUCACACGCAGUGAUCACCUGAGUAAGCACCAGCGCAGUCAUGUUGAGCAGAAUAGCACAAAGGAAGUUACCAUUCAAGGAGAUGGUGUAGGAGCAGCCAUAGAGGCCUCUGGAGAGGACGGAGCAGGAGCAACUGAGACAUCCCCUGUUGGUGGUAACCAGGAUAGGGCAUCUAGUAGUCCAGGUCAGGGUGGUUUACUAGAAAUAUGAAGAGAAUGGCUAAAUUCGCUCUUAAGGAGCCAUCUGGUGCUUUAAAAAACUCCCAAAUGCUGCUGUUGCAGUACCGUGCAAUCUGCUCCACCAUGGUGAAGAGCAACUAAAAACUGCAAUGGCGCCCAGCAACCUGUCACUGAGUCUAUCCUGUGGCACAGGAGCUAAGUGACCACCAAUUUAUUUAAUGGUGUCUUACAAGUAGGACAAUAUAAUAAACCAAAUAAAUGCCUUUCCCUGUUUAAAGGAACUCUGAACUGCAGGUGUAAGACAAAAUCUGACAAUCUCAUUUCAAUAUUCAGACUGUUUUUAUUAUUCAUCUCUCUUUUCUACAGUUAUUUGCAAAGUUAUUGUCUACCUCUUGUGAUCAUGAACAUCGCAUUGAGGCCCGUCAGACAUACAGUUAUUGGACACACAUUGGUCCCAUGAUUAUUGGUGUAAUCAAUAGAAUUUAUAUGUUCCAGCAUGUUACUUAGAAAGUAUACACAAAACAACUGAUCAACUCUCAACCUAGAUAUUUAUGUCAUGAGUUCAAGACGCUUACAAGUUUGUGGGCAAUAUUUGUACCCAAGUCUAGUCUCAGUAAUGUCACAUGGUGACAAAUAUAUUAUUUGUUCCACAUGGCACGCUUAUGUUUGCAAAUGCAUACUGGAUUCUUCCUUAACAUCCUGUGUUAAAAGAGAACUUUGGGCAUUACUUGUAGUGUCAUAUACCUGAUCAUGGCCCAAGGGCAACACACAUGGAUUGUCUCAUAGGUGAUCUUUGGCUCAAUUUGUCAUGCACCAUUCCUUCUGGUCCUGCUCCAAGCAGAACACAGUGUAUCAGUUUUGCACCAAAGUUUCUAGAUACAAAACUGAAAUGGGUUAAAAAGAAAAGAAGUUAAACAGAAAGGAGGAAGACUCACCAGAAGACAAAUGUUUAUGAAUGACAAUAUUGUUUCUUCCCAGUGGCCUUUUGUAGCCAGUAUCUCUUUUUUUUAUACUGCACUAUUAUGACCUUUUAAAGGGGUACUCCACUGGCCAGCUGUGUUCA